AUGGCACCUUUGAGGUGGAAACCCGAGAAAGCCAUAUUGCUUCGGAAGGCAACCCGUCAAUCGCCUAAGUACGUGAGUUUCCCGAUACAAGCCUCCCUUGUGUCCAAAGAGGCAGUGGGAAAAGGAGACACAAACCCACAUCUAGCCUCAUGUCCUAGUCUACGUAAUGGGUUCCAUAAACUCACGCUACGCACGUCUUGUGACGAUGGGAAUCUACGCCGCAGCAAUGCCAAUCUCAAUGAUAAUGAUAAUUUAGAUCUUAGUACGAUCUACUUCAUGCACCGGCAACAUCAUCGACCCACAGCUGCUCUUUGGAAGAGAGGCGUCCAAGUAACAGAAAGCCCCCGUUCCGCUUUCAACUAA